AUGCUGAUCUGUGCAGCGCGUCGAAGCUGGUGGGGCGCGGUGCGGCCGCGCAUGUUGAGCACUUGUGCUAUCCGUAUGGAGGAGCGCAAGACGCACUUUGGUUUCCAGACGAUCGAUGAGACACAGAAGCAAGGCAUGGUCGGCGGCGUGUUUUCGUCGGUAGCGUCCUCGUACGAUUUGAUGAACGAUGCCAUGUCGCUGGGUAUUCAUCGGCUGUGGAAGAACCGGUUCGUGGACAUGCUCGAUCCGCGCGGCGGGAUUCGGUGCUUGGAUGUGGCGGGCGGCACGGGCGAUAUCGCGCUUCGAUUGCUGGACCAUGCCAGGACCAAGCACCUGGAUCGCGAGACGCACGUCACGAUCCUCGACAUCAAUGCCCAGAUGCUCGUGGAAGGGCAGAAGCGGGUCAAAGAGAGCAUGUACUGGAACACGCCGCAGGUCAAGUUCCAGCUGGGCAAUGCCGAGGCGCUGGACGAGGUCAUGCCCGUGCCGGAGCGCAAGAACCCCGUGGCCAGCACGCGUCGCCAGCCCAUUUUGCCGCCGCUGGUGAGCGAGCCUAUCGAGAGCGCGUCGGUCGACCUGUACACGAUUGCCUUUGGCAUUCGUAACUGCACGCACAUUGACCGCGUGAUUGCCGAGGCGUUCCGUGUGCUCAAGCCGGGUGGUAUCUUUGCGUGCCUCGAGUUUGGCAAGGUCUCGAUUCCGCUGCUGGCGCACAUGUACAAGCAGUACUCGUUCCAAGUGAUCCCGCCUCUGGGUGAGCUGCUCGUGGGCGACCGCGACUCGUACCAGUACCUGGUCGAGUCGAUCGAGCGGUUCCCGACGCAGGCCGAGUUCGCGCGCAUGGUGGCCGAGGCUGGCUUCCUGCUGCCAGGCACAGCCGAGGCAUCGUCGAUGGGACUGCCGCCGCUCGUGGGACACGGUGCAUGGGAAAAUUUGACGCUGGGUGUGGCCACGAUAUGGACAGGUAUCAAGCCAUUUGCUUAG